AUGGAGACCGCGGCUUCGGGCGACGGCCCACACCACAUCUAUGCCGAUACCGACGAGAUGAACGCAAGAAGUGUUGGACGCAAGUCCGGCUGGACUGUGGAACGGCUCUCUGAGGAGAUGGAAGGGCUUCAGUCGCGGCUGAUUGCGGCGGCGCGUGCGAUGCCCGAUCCGAACGCCGUAGUUGUUGCCCGUGGCGAUGGCAGCGGAUCGACCGGAGUGGAGCGGCUGGAGACUAUUGUCGGCCACUGGAAUGCGCACCUGGUAGAGAUGGCUGAAGCCGCGUCUGCUUAG